AUGGCGUCGUCAUCGACUGAAGAACAAGGCCAAGAACAGCAGCAACCACAACCACAACAGCAGCAGCAGCAACAACCAGUGAAAGAGUGCGUGCACAAGACGAAGCUCAUCCAAUUCUUGGGACGUUCGGCGCCUAUCGUCCUCCAGAACGACAAUGGUCCCUGCCCUCUUCUGGCAAUCUGUAAUGUUCUCUCACUGAGGAACAGCUUGAAUUUGAGUCCAGACACGACAGAAGUCUCACAGGAGAAACUGCUUUCGCUCAUUGCUGAACGAUUAAUUGAUUCUAACAGUAAUAUUGAUAAUAAAGAUGCAGGAUAUGUAGAAAAUCAACAGCAGAACAUUGCUGAUGCUAUCGAUCUACUCCCUCGACUUGCAACAGGCAUUGAUGUCAACAUAAAGUUCAGAAGGAUAGGUGAUUUUGAGUUUACUCCAGAAUGUGCCAUAUUUGACCUGUUAGACAUUCCACUAUAUCAUGGUUGGAUAGUGGACCCCCAGGAUGAUGAUACCGCUAAUGCAAUUGGGUCAAAAUCCUAUAAUGCUCUUAUGGGGGAGCUUGUUGCACUGGAAACAUGGAAUAUGGAGAGUGAAUGUAAGAAUACUCCAGAAGAAGAUUGCGUUGAUUUUGCGGCUGCAACAACUGCAACCCUGGGUGUCCCUUCACCGUGCCUUUCUAAAACUAGAUCUUUUGAUGAGUCUCCACAUUCAGCUUCUGAUGAACCGAAGGCAAGAAAAGGUGACCUUGAAGAAGAAGCAGAGUUGAUAAUGGCUUUAAAAAUGUCUGAGGGUGAACUGACAACUACAGUUGGUGAUCCUCUUGGAGCCACUACUGACAAUGCCCCUCCAUUGGUUGGUUCAGAUGGAAGUACACAUCCUGAGAAUGUUAUGCGUGUAGAUUCUGUAGAUAAAACAGAGAAGCACACUGCUGAACACAAUAAUAUUCAUCUGUCUGUACCAGAAGAUUGCAAUGCCUCCAGGAAUGAGAGUAUUAAUUUGAUAUCUUUCGAUACUACUCCCGGGCAAACAGCGUGUUCGUCACCUUUGGAGACUAAUAAGGCAGAAAAUAUUGAUCAGCCAACUUAUCUGAAAUCACAAGAGCAUCUUUCCAAUGAUCUGGUUGCGAAAAGCACUACAAAUGAAUCAGUCCAGAUUGAAAGUGGUAUUUCUUUUUUUCCUGGGAGAGAAACUGAGUCCUUGGAUGAGAACCAUACAGAUGUUUCACGAGGAGAUGAGAAAUUUGAGAGUCAGGCCAAGCUUACAACUGAUGCUCAUGGAAGUCUAGAUAAGCAAAAUGGGAGCAACAUGGCAGAGGCAUCUUGCUUAUCUGCUCCAAAUGUGGGUUUGGAUUCAUCUAGUGGUAGAGUGCAGCAAACUGAUGCAUUGGAAACUUUGACAUCGAGUGGCGGUGAGCCCAUCUAUGAAGGAGAGGAGCGCAUUCUGGAUUCAGGAACUACCGUUUUGCAAGACAAAGAGCCUGUAUAUGAAGGUGAGGUGGUGCUUGCGAAUCAAGCUGACAAAAGCCCUUUAGAUGCACGGUCCAUGGGUGAAAUCACUCCACAACAAGGUGAAUUGAUCAGGAAUUUUUUGAAGAACAAUGCUAGCCAGUUGACUUUCUAUGGCCUUUUCUGCUUACAAGAUGGCCUUAAAGAGCGUGAACUCUGCGUUUUCUUCCGCAAUAAUCACUUCAGCACCAUGUUUAAGUUCAAUGGCGAACUUUAUCUUUUGGCUACUGAUCAGGGUUACAUAAAUCAGCCUGAUUUGGUGUGGGAAAAGCUAAAUGAGGUCAAUGGGGAUACAUUGUUUAUGACAGGCAACUUUAAAGAAUUUAAGGUAGAAAGUCAUGCAAAUGACACUUGGGAUGAAAACAAUGCUGUCACGACCACUGCGGACUAUCUUGCUAGCAUCGACAGUGCAGCUCAAGCGGGCUUUGAUAUGAAUUCUGAUCUGCAAUUGGCAAUUGCUCUGCAACAGCAGGAGUUCGAUCAACAACCCCAACGACAAAAUUCGCAGCAACCAUCUAUUAGUGCGAAUUCAAGGAUGGUUACGGGUCCCCAGAGUUACCACAAUUCCAUGCUAACUUUGUCUUGUUCAGAGUUACCGCACAACGGUGACAAGAAGCAAUCCCAGAAUGCCAACGUCCUCAUCUGCAAGACCUGA